CAACUGUUCACCGAUUCAUCACUAUUCUUGACCAUUUAUCGUCCUUCAACAGUACCAUUCACUCGACACAUCAUUCAUAUAGCAGAGACCGUUUCUGUUGGCAUCCUUACCGUGUUCUGUGGAUUAAGUGGAGUGUGUUCUGUUCAUCCUGAAAAUGCUCACUGAACCGACAGACAAGGCUUCUAGGCUGUCCAGCUCCAAGCAGGCAAAGAAAGUCGUCAAGUUCAAUCUCCUUAAUCCCACAGGAGACACACGAGACUCGAACCAGUGUCAAGAUGAACCCAUACAAGUGAAAGACUCGCAGAAUACUGCUCAGGAGAUCGCCAGCUCCUCCGAGGAACAGGCAAAACUGCGGACCGAGAACGACAUUCUUCGGGCUGAGUGUGCAAGGCUCGAGACGAACUGGGAUGAGUUGUUUGAGUUACUCGGUGAAAAGCAGUCUCGCCUCACGGCGCGGAUUGAACAGCUUCAAUCCGAGAAACAGCGUCUUGCGGAACAGGCUGCACAGAUGGAGAGUUCAGGCUAUAUAGAAGCAGAAGAGGAAUCGGAUGACUAGUGCAGAGUGCCCCAAGAUGAAAGGAAAGCUUGAUGUAAUAGAGCAGAAAUUGUCUGAAAGUAGAAGAGUGAUCGAGUUUGCGUCCCGUUUUCUUUGACACGGUUGCUUGCGCUUGUUUUCG